AUGAAAAGCUGUCUUCUUGCAUCGAAGGCCUCAGUGAAAUUCCUCUACAGCACGGCUCCACUACAUCUCGUUAUCUUGUUAGCUGCGCUUGCCUGCGUCUCUUGCGGCCCCGUGCAUACUGAAGGCGUAGAGCACACCAACAGCCCCCCUCAGUGUCCUGCCCCUCCUUCUUCCCCCAACCGUCCUUGUGUAGGGACCUCCCGUGACGCGGGUAGGGAGGCUACAGAACUGCAGCUCUGGAACGCGGUGGAUGCAGUACGUACAGCAGAAGCAGCAGCAGCAGCAGCAGCAAUGACGCCAACAGAUGCACAGGGAGAACAGUCUAUCAGGCAAGAAGGAGGCAACAGCCAGGAGACAGCCCGUGCGACAGCAGGAGUCUCCGGGGCUGCUGCUGCUUCUGAGCGGGUGUCUGGUGGUGAGCAAGGGGCAGCAAUGGCUGCUGAAGAGACGGAGAGAGGAUACGCCUUCACUAGGGAUGUAUCUACAGAUGUAGAGACAAAUAAGACCCCAACAGAACCCUCAGAGAUGCAAUAUGGGCAGUCUACCACUCCGUUGCUGCCUUCAGUUCAAGCGGAGGCACAGGCUCCGUCUUCAUGUGCACACACCAACGAAGAGGAGACAGCAGCAGCAGAGAGACUGCAAGCAAACCAUACUUUACCCCCAAGGCCCUUAGCAUCUCACCCUGUCUCUCGUCAGAACCAAACAGUAGAGCCCCAGGACUCUCAGCAGCGUGGCAGAUACAGCAAUCAGCCAGGGGGACGGGGAGGGCGCGGCGCCCGCAUCUAUGAACGGAGACAGCCGCUAGAGGAGACAACCUCUCCCGCUAGGCCUCAGUACUAUAAUCAAAGGCCAAGAGGGGGGGCUCCCAUUCGAAGAGGAAGAGGAGCAUAUCUCAAUAGCAGGCAGGGACCCCUGCACUUUCAGCAGUUCCCAGGGCAGCACCCGCAACAACAGGCACACAGGCAGACACAACAGCCGCAGCAGACACAACAACAGCCUCAGCAGCAGCCACAGCAACACGAGCAGACACAACAGCAGCCUCAGCAACACCAACAGGCACAACAGCCCCAGCAGCAGCAGCCUCAACAACGCCGGCAGGCACAGCAGCAGACACAACAGCAGCCUCAGCGGCAGCAGCAGCCACAUCAGCAGCCUCAGCAACACCGACAGACACAACCGCAGCCUCAGCAGCAGCAGCAAGCACAGCAGCAGCAGCAGCAGCAAUCACAACAGCAGCCCCAGCAGCAGCAAUCACAACAGCAGCCCCAGCAGCAGCAGCAACGCCAGCAGUCACAACAGCCUCAGCAAAGAUACGUCCCUCGCUCGAGCCCACGCUAUCAUGAUCCCUCGCAGUUUAUUGGCCCAAGUUAUCGUGCAAACACUGCCAACCCUCGAGGUGUUUGGUAUAAAGCUGCAGGCCCUGCCUUUUAUCCUCAGCCCCCUCUGCCUAGAGGUUACUUCAUGCCUCCCGCACCAGGCCAGGCGUUUCCCCCGCCCCCUCCUCCACCACAACGCGAUCUUGCACAGAUUGACGCAGCCAUAAAUAUCUCUGAUGGGGAGGUCAGGCCGCUGCAGCAGCCCCGCCCUCUUUACCCCGACGAGGUGCAGUGCCUGCGGGACCAGCAUAUACUACCGGGACAGCAGCGUCCCUCGCAGCAGCAGCAGCAGCAACAGCAGCAGCAGGAGCAGCAGCAAGAACAACAACCGCAACAGCAGCCUGCUGCGCAAAAGGAACGGGAGGGGAAUGAGGAAACCAAGCAGCAGCACAACGAGCAAACGGAGCGAAUAAAAGAGCAGCAGCAAGAAUGCAAGGACGCAGCACAUGGGGAGCAGCAGCAACAACAGCAGAACCAAUCACAGCCCUCCAACGAUUCGGGAUCGCAGCAAAGACAGGGGUGGGCGCCACAGCGUGGUGGGCCUCAGUCGUACAUGCAGCAGCGCAUGCACCUGCAGAGACAGCAGGACAACCUGCAGCAGCAGUCGAUGCAGUUGCAGCAGCAGCAGAUACAGCUGGAAAAACAGUGGGAAGCCUACAGAGAGAAGCAACACAACUCGCAAAAAGAACAGCCAGACCAUGAGCAGAUGGAUGAGGAAAACAAUCGCUCCAAGAAGCCCAGCGAGGAUGAAGAGAUGCAGCAGCUGCUCUUCAAGGACCUGCAGCAGCAGCAAGCCCAGUUGGAGCAACAGUGGCAGCAUCUAAGACAAGAACAAGCGUAUCUAGAACAGCAGCAAGCUUAUCUCGAGCAGCAAGCACCUCAAUCAGGCAUGCGCAGCCCAGGUACUCCUUUUCCCCCAAGGCGCUGGCAGCGAUCGCGCUUAACGGAUGGGGAGCAAAGGACCCUGCAGCAACAGCAGCAAUAUCUAGAUCAGCAGCUUAGAUUCCUUCAAGAUCAACAAGAGUAUCUCAACCAUCAACAAGGAAGGUGGCAGCACCCCAAGUACGUGCAGCAACGCAUUGUAUACCUUGAGCAGCAACAGAGAUAUCUAGGAAAGUUGCAGCGGAGGCAGCAGCUGCACUCUAGCAUCAUUAGCAGCGGCUCUAACCCGAACGAGGCCAAUGAGGAGGAGCCCAGGCACGUUGUGCCUUCUUGGGUGCCUGAUCCCACCCCCUUGGGUUUCUAUGACAGCACAGGCUUGUGGAUUCCUUACGGAAUGGAGGAGUAUCAUAAGCAGCAGCUGGAGCAGGCGCGAGGAAAGAUACAAGAAGAACAGGAGGCACUGCAAGCAGAGCUCACGAAAAAACAGCAACAAGGUGGCCCCAAGCAAUUCGCAGGCAAGAGCAGCGGAAGACGCCGUGUAGACUCCCCAUACCCCCAUCAACCAGCAGGAAGCAUACCUCCUUACCAAGGGAGUCGGGGGGUAGAUCGAUACACCCCACACCCCUCUCAGAUUCCAAGAGCUGCAGGAGCUCAACAGAGCUACCGCGGUGGCCCACAACUCACUCGAGCCCCUUGCAACGCCAACGGAGUGCCCCUUCAUAUUUUCAGAGAUGAAGUUGAGUACGCAAGAGCUGUCUGGAGGCGCAUGUCUGGCAAGUUGAGGCACCAACUCUUCUUGCUGAGAGAACAGCGAAGACGCAAAGAAAGACAAUCAGCUGGCCGUCUUGAGCGACAGCUUCAGCAGCAACGACAGCAAGAGGAACAGCAGCAGCAGGAAGUGGAGCGGGAAUCGCAGCAAAUGCAGCAAGAUCAGCAGAAAGACGAACAUAAGGAGAAGAAGCAAGAUAAGAAACAACAGAAAUCUGCUGCAGAGAGCCAUGGGAAGCAGGAGAUGCAUGCAGCUGCCAGCUCAUCGCCCGCACAAACAAAUCAAGAAGAACCACCCAUGAGGCCCGUGGUCAACCUACAAGAGACACCAGCUCCCGCCCCAUCUCUCGGAGAGCCACCUAGAAAUGAUAGUGCUUCAGCUCUAGAAGGCUUGCCCUAUCUGGACAGGAGCUUCCUACUACACCGAGCCCCUCGGGAGCAGAAUGGAGGAAGUGCCUCUAGCACAGCAGACCCUCGAACAGUGGAGCCUAGUGCAGGGAGAUCGCAGGUGCCCGCAGCAUUGGAGGAUCUGUAUGAGGCCCUGAGGUCUUGCGACCCCCGACUGCUUACUUCAGAGGCACAAGCAGCAGCUGGGGUAGCGCCAAUAGAACAGUAUGAUACCUCGGUUAUGGAAGAGCUCGUCAGGAGAGCCAUGUUGCGGUACUUGGGUGAGGGACGCUGGACAUCGUACGAAGGCUUUGUUACUUCCCAGGCGGCAGCACUAAGACUGACGGAAGACGAGAUCCUGUAUAUGCACUUGGUGUUUUAUUUGAGCUUAUUCAACCAACACGCCACUCAACAUGUCGCAGACACUCUAAGAGAACAUCGAGGGAGAUCUCGUGGGGCCCAUAACAGACGCACAGGACCUCGUCAAGGACUCUCUGUGGAUACAGAGAAGGAGCAAGAAUGCAGUGAUAGUAAAGACGACCUCCAAGAUCGCCUUAGGUUGCUGCAGAUCUUGCAAGACAGAUACAGGAGCCAAGUUGAGCUACGGAUUGAGGAAAUACGCUCCCUUAUUCUGAGACCUCGCCAGGAAACGCAGACACCAGCAAACCCUCCUCAAGACUCCACUAAAAAUGCUUCUCAGAACUCUGCGAACAAACCCCAGAAGGACACUGCAAACCCACACUCGCAAGACACCACAAGCCCGCCCACAACACCUCCACAAGACGCAUCUUCUGUUGACCGCUUGGGAGCAGCUGGAGACGAGCAAGGGAGUCAAGAGACACUACAAGAAGCAAAUGAUAGCACAAUAAAUGAUACCCAGUGCGCUGCAGGUCCCAAUCUGAGGCACACCUCUUAG